GACCAGAGCCAGUGCCAGCCAUGCAGCCCAAGUACAGAAAUUUCCUGCACCUGCAGCUGCUUCUGUCGCUGCUGCUGCUGCUGCUGCCCUUCGCUUUGACAGCUAAGCCCAAGGCCAUUGCCGCGAAUCCCGAUUUGCAUGUCAAGCCAGCCGUGCGUACAGUGAGCACAAAUGGCUACCGGCUGACGGAGGGCGGCCACGUGGGCCGCUGGCUGCUGCACAUUUUGAUCGGGAAUAGGUUCGCCUGCGGCGCCUCCUACUACAGUCCGCUGUUUGUGCUGACCUCGGCCAGCUGCCUGCACAGGCACCGCAAGAGGCUCGACACUGCGCGCGUGGAGCUCGUGGGUCCCGACUUGGAUGACUCGAGCAACUACGCGCUGAUUGAGAGCGUUAAUGUGCCCAAAGGCUAUCGCUAUCCGGACAACUACAUGGACAUUGCGGUGGUGAAGCUGCGCAGGAGCCUGCAGGAGGGCGAGCAGCACUUUGUGACGCUCUGCCAGCAGCCGCUGCGCAGCUACGAGAAGCUAACGGUGGUGGCCUGUGGCGUGGAUCCUACGGACUCUACGGAUCGCACCAGCACCGAGGAUGUGGCGCUCAUGGAGAAGCGGGACUGCCAGCCGAUGUAUGAGAAACACAGGCUGAGGAUCUCCGAGACGAUUGCCUGUGCGCGCGAGUUCAAUCGUGGCAGGUAUCGCAUGUACGAGUUCGGCUGCCCCGUCACAGCCGCCGGGGAUCAGCUGUGCGGCAUUGUGGCCUGGGGACCACAGAUUGGUGGCGCACAUCCUGGACUCUUCACGGACAUCUAUCAGGUGAAGGGAUUCAUCAGUAGGGUGGUGAAAGGCAUGCAGAACGACAGUCGACGGCUGGAAAGACGCACACGCCGCAGGCGACCGAAGCUGGAGCGCAGUUGGUGAGCGUUCGAAAGGGUGCCUGGAAAAUUGUAUACAAAUAAAUAAACUAUAAUAAAAUGCAAU